AUGCAAGCGGAGGAAUUACCUCAGAGUGUAAACUCUGAUGAAUCUGAUGAAUCUGUACAUCUCAAUAAUGAUGUGUUAGAGUUACAGUACAGGGACGGGUCUGAACCUGAUUUAUGCGAAGGGCCCUUAAUUCAGCCUGUUACGUUGAUACCUUCAGAAUCUGCUACUGAGAUAAAGGAAUUUGAGGGAGCGCAGUUGCAUAUCCCAAAAGUUAGGCAAUCGGAUAGUUCGGUUGUAGCUAAAGAAGUAACACAUCAAGCGGCAGUAAAGGGGGGGAGCGCGAAUCCUGUUAUAUGCAACUUGCCCAAUACUCUGAAUUUGGAUCCUGCGGUUCAAAGAACUUCAUCGGAGUAUAAUGGAGGAUCGUGCUUUGUUGUGAAUACGAAUAUUCAAGUUCGUACCAAAUCGUCUCCAAGCGCUGCGUCGCAUAAAGCACGCCAACAAUAUUAUUUCAGAAGCGAUAUACACUCCCCACCGCUACUACAAGACUGGGUUCAGGGGGAAGAGCAUUUGAGCGGCUUGGCAGCCGAGGAUAUUAACUAUUUAGAAGCUUACCUAAUUCCAUAUGGGACAGAAGUUGCAACAUGGAGGGCUGUAAAACAAAUUGGAGCGGGAAAUUUCAGUGAUGUGUACCUGUAUGAAGCUGUCGAUAAACGAGUUCCAGUACAUUUAAGAAAUGUGGCUGUGAAGAAUAUUAGAUACCCCGCGGAAAUAUUAUCAAAAAGUACUAGACACAACCCCAAGUCCAGGGAUGCAAUGUCUAGAUUAGAAAGCUCGCUCGUUCUUGAAUUAUCCGUUUUAAGGGAUUUGAACCAUCACUGCAUUGUAAAACUGCUUGGAAUAAACGAUCUUGAAUUUCUAAGCAGCGAACAGCCAUUAACCGGUCGUAGCGACAUGGACACACUGCCACCAUGCAAAAUGGUUGUUUCUUUCUGUGCUGGGGGAGACUUAUUGGGAAUGGCUAAGCUGAGAAGUUUUCCUGAUUGGUUAAUACAAAGAAUCUUCGCCGAGCUGGCACAUGCGAUCCUGUACCUGCACAGCAAUAUGGUUAUUCAUAGGGACUUGAAACUCGAGAACGUGCUUUUGAAAUAUCCCCUGGAGGAUCUUCUAAAAAUGCAGGAGUCCACAGAAGACAGCAUAAUAGAACUUACAGAUUUUGGAUUGUGUAAAAAAAUCCAACAAGAUGAGUUAUGUACAACAAGAUGUGGGUCUGAGGAUUAUGUUUCGCCUGAAAUUCUGAUGGGUUUACCUUACGAUGGUAAACUAUGCGAUACGUGGGCUUUAGGAGUAAUAUUAUAUGCACUAUUAGAGGAUCGAUUACCGUUUGAUCCUUUACCUGCAGAAUCGCAGCGCAGAAGUAGAAUCAGGUCCACAGCUCAUAGGAUAGCUCGGUUAGAUUGGCUAUGGGUAGCCUUUGCAAAUGUUGAUCAUAACGCUAAGGUGAUAGUCGAGAAUUGUCUUGUUAGCAGGAAAACUCGAUGGGAUAUAGGGGCGAUUACCAGUUCUGACUAUGUUAGUAGUGUAGCUUCAGAACUGGUGUUUUUAAAGGAGUAUUAA